GUUUUAUGAAAUACUGCUGGCACUAGUGCUUUGUAUUUGCUGUCUGUUGUUACGGUCGGGGACACGGUCGGGAGGGUCGAGAACAGUCGGAUACCCUCCUCAUUUCCUCCCCAGUCCUCCUCGGUGAAUUUGUCAGUUUAUUUCCUUUUCACUUCUUUCCUUUCCUUUAUUUCCCGUUCUCGUGAAGGUCAGAAGGAUCUCCACAAAUUUUUCACGGUAGGACUGAAAACUGCACUCUUUGUGUUUCACUCUGAAAAUGGAAGACGAGGAAAUUGACUUUAAGGUGGAAGCGGAAAUGGUGAUUGAUGACAUAGGAUUCGCAGUGGAAGAGAUAAGCAUUUCAAACAAAUUACCUUCUUCCCGCGAAUGUGUUUACUUGAAUAUUUUGACCAAAGAGCACAGCAGUAUUUGCGUCGAACUUAGCGUAUCAGGAUUUCGGAUUGUCAGCGAAAAAUUCGAUGACAAACAAGAAAACAGUAAUUCCAAAUAUUACGAAACAAUAUAUGCCCUAUUAGACUCCAUGAGUCCAGGAUAUACAAAGUCAUUUGGUGAAGCAUUGCUACGGAAGCUUUCAUCACUGCAAGGUCCUACUAAUGAAGAUUUAGAGAUACCUGAUGAGUGUGCUGAUGAAGCUGCAUGUUCUUGAUGACAAAAUACUCUGACUAUUAGUGUGUACAGUGUGUUUGUCAAACAUUUUCUACAUUAUCAUUUUUUUUUAAUUACACUCUUUACUCUUCGAAAAGGCAACCUCUUUUGAACAAAAUUAAUUGUAAAAUCUUAAUGUAAAGUAAUAGUUGAUUUGUGAGAAACUCCUAGAAUUCAUAAGCAUGAAAGACUGCCGGCAUACCCUCUAGAUCUGAUGGUAUACAGUAUGUUAUAAAAAGAGACAGUAAUUUAUAUGGAGAAAUUAUUUAAUGGUUACUGAUUACUGUGGAACUCAGGAAAGCAUGAACAUUGUGAUUCUGUAAAGCCAGGUGUGUACUGAUCAAACUCAGUGGAGUUCAGGACAUGCCAAUAAACUUCAAAACACAAAAUGAUUACCAAAUGAAUGUUGUUUGGGUUUUGUAUUUGCAUUUGGGAUUUGUUAUUCGAUACACAGUUAACAUUUCACAAAUAUCUUCUUUGUUCAUGGUCUUCAGAGUUUCACAGUAAAGCAGGGAACAUCACCUGGAGAGUGAAUAAAAAUUGAAACCUUCUACAAACAUUGUAAAGAAUAAUAUUGUUCUUAAGCCUUUGUACACUUUUUCUUGACUCAUGCAUUUGUUGUUAAUAGAAAAGUAAUUUUAAAAUAUAAGUAUUACAGUAACUAUGCAUUUAAUAUAUUAUGGCUUCUUAUUUAGAUAAGUGACAUUAAUAUUGUAGAGGUAAAGCAAGUCUAAGGUAUAAUAUAACAGAGAAUUUCCUGUUCAUAGUUGGGUUCACAUUUGACAUUGGCAACCAAACAGUAAAGAACAGUAUACUUAAUUAGGCACCAUCAUAUUUUCCCCAUUUUCACUGCAUAUUUUAAAAUAUUUUAUUGUUUACAGUUUUUAUAUUGUUCUUUUUUUUGUGUGAGAGAGAUCAGUAUUUAGCUUGGUAAAUUAUUGGGUAAAUCAUAAUUGAAAGUAAGUUAAACCUAAAUUUCAAACUCACAUUUGUCAAAAUAUGAUGUGAUGAGUAUCAGUCAAUAAAUUUAUUCAAAAUGGU